AUGUCUUACAACUAUCAAAAGUUCCUCGAGAACGACCGCUACUCCGAUGAUCCGGAGAACUCACAGCCACCACCUUCGAGUCAGCCUCGUGUUUCCCGCUUUGAGUCCGACCGGCGGCGCGAACGCGGUCUAUAUCAGCUUGAUGACAUUCCGACUCGGUCCCAGGCUCCUCGUACACAUGGUACUCAGGCCGAAUGGGGUGAAGUCCAGCAGCUCCGUCAGCAGGUUACAGACCUAGCAUCCAUGGUCUCUUCUCUGGUCGGAUCACUGCAGGCUCGACCCACUCCUGUUCCAACCCCGAAGCCUUUGAUCACGAUCAAACCCGACCCUGAUGCGCCUAGCGAGGCUGCCACGGGGCCAGAGAACGGCCUCCCCGCGCCGCCUUCGGUGCCUGCUCUCAUCAGGGGCCACGACACCGUCUCCGGCCUCCAGUUCGACGACGAUCCCGAUCUAGAACUCCACCCGGACGACUACAGCCCCUGUAGCUAUACGUGGACCAUCUCCGACUGGAGUCUCCACGUCGACGCGCAAACUCUCGCCACCGGGAUGCAAGGCGGCCGUCCGAAGGGGGUCCAGGGCCGAUCAGCGCAAUCGAAGGACAUCAACGUCUGCAAUACAUACCUCGUCAAUAAUCUAGGCGAGCCGAUCUCGGGCAGGCAGGCCGAAGCUGUGCGUGCUAAGAUGAAGGCCACGUGGUUUACCCUUCUGAAGCACCACCGCGGCGCGCUCCUACCCCAGACCUGGGGUCAGAUGGACAGUGGCACUCUUACUUGGUUUAUUGCAGCUAACCGUCGUGUUUCCCCAGUGCUCCGGUUGUGCGGCGACAAUUGGAAGCUGCUGGAGCUCGGGAAGCACUACUACUCCGGAUGGCGGGACCAAUACGCGCCUUGGUUAAAAUCGGGGUCUGGCGACAACAACAAGUCCGCUCGCCUAUCGAAGCAAGGCAACACUAAAAAUGCCAUGCCCAGUUCGUCGAAGCGCGUGAGGUCCGACGAUACCGCCGAGGACGUCCCUGACACCGCGAUCGGCUCCGUGCCUGGCCCUUCGAAGCGCGCGAGGACCGACUCAAGCGAGAGCGCGGCCACCUCAUCUACCUCGCUGUCACACAGCUCUUCGACUUCGGCAAGCAGCUUUGAUGCCUCGGGAAGUGCGGAUGACCCUCUAGCGCUUUCUACUCCGCUGGCUGACGCGCUCGCCAAAUACCCAUCGAGCGACGCGCCGCCGCUCUCCGUGAAAGGGAAGGGGAAAGCUAAGGCAGGCAAGGUACACGCAGGAACGCCUUGCGUGGCGACAUCUCCUCCCGCCAGCAUUGCGAACAUCGACAGCGGGACCCUGCCUGUGAAUACAGGGCACAUCUCUCCCUCUAUCCCAGCUCCUGACCUCGUUCCGCCUCCAAUCGAGGCAACUAUCCCGACACCGACGGCGAUCAGCACCCCUCAGCCAGCACCGGAGGACGCUAUUUCUCCUACCCUCGUCGACGUCCAACCUCCGAGUGAGCAGGCAACGUCGACUCCGAUGGCCUGCGAUGCUCCUCAACCAGCCAGCGAGAUUGUCGAGCAAUCUAUUCCAAUCGCACCAGAGGGUAACGCGCCGACGAGUGGACGAGCGCAACGGAAUGGCAAAAAAAAUAACAUAUCGCUUACAUCAUGA